GAGGGAAUGAGUGACCGACCCCAGGUCGGUGAGCGGUCAGUGAGGGAGGGAAUGAAUGAGUGACCGACCCUAGGUUGGUGAGCGGUCAGUCAGUCAGAGAGUGACCGACCGACCAACCCACCCCCGGCCCGGUGAGCGGUCAGUGAGUGAGGAGAGAGUGACCCCGGCCCAGUGAUCGGUCAGUGAGUGAAUGACCCCGACCAAGUGAGAGGUCGCUGAGGAAAUGAUCCUGGAAGGAAUCGCUGGAGGCCCAGGCCCCCAGCAGGAGCCUCGAAGUGUCAAUCUCGAGCCCACGCCGCUGCUGCGGGCCAGGCCCCCUGGCCUCCCUCAGAUCCCUGGGGGAGCUUCAAAUAUACCAUGCAGGAUAGCAUCAAAUUAGCCUCAUGUGGGGAUGACAUUAAAAUCUGGGAUUCGCUUUCAAUGACAGUGGUGGAACAGUUUAACCCUCACAAGAAACCCUGUGAAGUAACUUCCGUUUGCUGGACUGUUGAUAAUCAGUGUUUGGUGAGCUCAUCAAGUAGUGGGGACAAAAUAGUGCUGUCAUCCUGCAGAUCCACCCCAGUUCCUAUAAAAGAUCUUGCUGAAGGGAAAAAGCAGACAUGUCUAAGUCUGAAUUCUAAUUCCAAAUGUAUUGUAAGUGGAGGUCUUGAUAAUACAGUCAAUAUCUGGGACAUAAAGUCGAAGAGACCUCAUAGGACACUGAAGGAUCACAGGGAAGAAGUCAGUAGUGUAUGUUUCAAUUGGAAUGACUACUAUAUAGCAUCGGGUUCUCGCAGUGGUGACAUUAUUGUACACAGUGUUACAACUAAUAUUUCUAGUGCUCCAUUUGGUCAUGGUAAAAGUCAGCCAGUACAAAAUUUAAAGUAUUCCAUCUUCAAGAAAGCUUUGUUGGGAAGUGUUCAUGACAGUGGAGCUGUAACUCUUUGGGAUGUUAAUACACAACAACCUUACCACACCUUUGAAAAUGCUCACAAGGCUCCAGCUUCUGGACUUUGCUUUUCACCAGUGAAUGAUUUGUUAUUUGCCACAGUUGGUUUGGAUAAAAAGAUCAACUGCUAUGACACGUCCAGCAAGAUGUUAUUGAGAACUAUUUCUGUUGAAGCCCCAUUGACUGCAAUAGACUUUAUGACUGAUGGAGCAACUUUGACUGUAGGAUCCAUCAGGGGCAAAAUUUAUGUGUAUGAUUUACGAGUGACAACUUCACCGCUCAAAAUUGUCAGUGCCCACAAGAAAUCCAUACGGUGCUUAAAGUUUCAGAAUGGUUCUGUACAGUUCAAGUCUAAUGGAGGUAAAAACUUCGCAAGCAGAGGUUCAUCCACCUUGCCCACCGCAGCUACCAAGAGGACUUCCACUAAGGUGAACAGUGCUCCAGGUAGUGACAGUGCAAAGGGAAUCCAGGAGCUUACUGCACUAAUGACAUCUGCACCAGCUGUGAAAGUACCUCCUGUCCUAGAAGAAAAAGUAGCUGAAGCUAAUCUGGAUGUAAAAGGUUUAGCACAUAGCACCAGUCUAGAUGUAAUUCCAUCCAAAGAGACAGAAAACGCAAGAAGAGCAGAUAACAGUGGCAAUUUUAGAAACCUUGAUUGUGUGGGUAGAAAUAGUUUUGGAGAUGUAUUCUCACCAGUCAGAGAUGAUGUUGCCGGAUUAAAGACAAAUGAAGACAGCAUGACGAAAGGAAAUGGUUUGGGCUUUUUGCCACAGUUGAACACUGUAUUUUCCACAAGAAGUAAUCCGGUGGGCGCCAGUACACAGGAAGAAUCGAACUCAAACUCCUUGCAGGGAUUUGGAUCUCCAUCUCCCAUUAAAGAACAGGCUCCACAGCGAGACAUGAGUGCCAUAUUGAGCCAGCUCCAGAGUGCUGGGCAAGAUUCAAAAGAGCCCGUUGGCCAGGAAAAUAAAGCCAUAGGAAUGCAGAAAUCCAAAAUAAUUGAGCAUAACGGCCAAUUGGAAGCUGCAAGAUUGGAUCAGUUACACACAUCAGUUGCUGAGUGUGGGACCUUGGGGACACCACUGACAUCUUCCAUGGUGAAAACACCUGAUUUAUGUGAAAGAAAAGGAAGAGAAUUUCAGUUUCCUCAGGAAUCCCCGGUGCUGGAGACCUCUACAUCUGGUGAAAAGAUGAUGCCUACUGCAGGAAUUUUGAAGCUGUCUGAUAAGAUUGUGGAUGCUCUUGGAAGUGAUGGCAUUGGACAGCAAUUAACAUCCAUUCAAAUACAGCUAAUUAGGACCAUGAUACAAGAAACUUUGGAGGAUUACAAAGAUGCAUGGCAUCGAGAUAUCAUCAACCUCCAGCUGGAGAUGAUCAAGCAAUUCCAAAUCCAACAGAAUGAAAUCCAUAGUUUACUUGAACGAUAUUCUAUUAAUGAAGCAUUGGUGGCGGAAAAUGAGAGAUUGCGAGAAGAGAAUAAAAGACUGCGAACUACAUUUUAAUAGUGCAUUUCUGAAUCCGCACUGCAGCAAGCAACACUGCUUUCUGCAACAAGGAAAGCCCAGAUGGUGGACAUUGUUUUAUAAUUAACUUGUUAUUUGAUUUAUAAAACAGGACAGUUCCUCAGAUUAGUCAGCCUUUGUUCUAAUGUGAAUUAAUAUCAUUGCCUAAGAUGGUUAGAAUUAGUGGAGGUCUAUAAUUAGCUGAACUUUGAGGAAAACCUGUUGAAGUCUGAUAUCUAGCUACUCUUCCUUCAAUAAGGACUUCUGUACACCGGAAAUAUAUAAAAAAGGACACUAUUGAAAUUCAGUAUAUAUCAGAAUAUAGAUUGGAAUAGCCAUGCAUUCUACGGUACUGGAAUUUCUCAAGUUAACCAGUGGAAAUAUCACUCAAAAAUUACAGUCCUCCAAAUAGAAGCUGUUUGAAGUGAGGUUUUUUAAACUCUAGAUCCUACUAUUUUAUGUUUUUGUCACCUAAUGUCAGUGGCCACAUGUGUUCAGAUCCUUAAUUUGGAAUGCUUUUCAGAGGUAUCUUUUGAGUUUUCAACGUACUGUAUUUCGAAAACAAGGUAACAGCAGUAUAUUUUAUGUCUAUUUCUGGUCUAGGCAGAAUUAUCAGGACUCUGGAGAAGUGAAACUAAAUGUAAAAAUACUGCAUCAUUAUUGAAAGAAUGGCCUUAAGUGCCUUUUCAAAUCUGGUGGAUUUUUGGAAUAAUUUGCUCAGUCAGCAGUAAGCAGUAGUUUUGACCUUACUGUCCUUGCUUGAUCUGGUAUUCAGCAGUUGUCCAGAAUUGAGUAAUUGUUUAUAUUGAACCUUACAUUUUUAGCACAUCUGUUUUAUAAAAGAAUUCCUUUUGGAUUUCAUUUUGAAUUAAGAAUUAAAUUGCAGUAUAUUUUUGAUGCAAAAUAUACUAUAUUAAACAUGUUAAGCAAUAAAUAUAUGAAUAAGCAUCGUGUGUAUUUUUAAGUAGUCAAGCACUUAAAUAUUUGCUACUUCAUGA